GGGGGCUGCAAGGACAUUUGGGGGAGAUAAGAGUGAGACCCCCCCGGGCACAGGGCUCAGGGGGCACCGGGGGGUGCGGGAUAUCGGGGGGCGCCCAGUCACACGGACCGGGGACACCGGGACCCAAAUGCGGGCGGAGGAACAUGACUGGGUGUCCGGGAAUCGGGCGGAGAAUUCCGACAAAAUGACCCGAAUGAGGGAGGAGGAUUCGGACAGAAUGACACGUUUCCAGGCGGAGGAUUCGGGCAGAGCGACCCGGUUCCGAGCAGAGGAGCUUCGGCUGAGCAGCAGCACCUUCUCCCUGAGCGGAGACUCAGCCCAUAACCAGGCGAUGGUGCAUUGGUCCGGGCACAACAGCAGCGUGAUUCUCAUCCUGACGAAGUUGUACGACUACAACCUGGGGAGCAUCACGGAGAGUUCGCUAUGGAGGUCGACGGAUUAUGGGACGACGUACGAGAAGCUGAACGACAAAGUCGGACUGAAGACCAUUCUGAGUUACCUGUACGUGUGUCCCACCAACAAGCGCAAGAUAAUGCUACUAACAGACCCCGAGAUAGAGAGCAGCCUGAUGAUCAGCUCAGAUGAAGGGGCCACCUACCAGAAAUACCGGCUGAAUUUCUACAUUCAGAGCCUCCUCUUCCACCCCAGGCAGGAAGACUGGAUUCUGGCCUACAGCCAAGAUCAGAAGCUCUUCAGCUCAUCGGAGUUUGGGCGGCGUUGGCUCCUCCUCAGCGAGGCCGUGGCGCCCAAUCGAUUUUAUUGGACGGUGACUGUGUCCAACCGGGACUCGGAUCUGGUGCAUCUGGAGACCCAGACUGGGGAGGGGCAUGCCCAGUACAUUGUGUGCCGAAUGUCCAACUGUUCGGAGGCAGCGAGGGGGAAGCCGUUUGCGGGGUACAUAGACCCCAACUCGCUAAUCGUACAGGACGAAUACGUGUUUGUGCAGCUGACGUCCGGGGGGAGACCCCAUUACUAUGUGUCCUACAGACGGGAGCCCUUUGCGCAAAUGAAACUGCCAAAAUACUCCUUGCCCAAGGACAUGCACGUUAUCAGCACGGACGAGAAUCAGGUGUUUGUGGCCAUUCAGGAGUGGAACCAGAACGAGACCUACAACCUGUACAUAUCGGAUACUCGCGGGAUCUUUUUCACUCUGGCGCUGGAGAAUGUGAAGAGCAGCCGGGGGCCGGAAGGGAAUGUCAUGAUAGACCUGUACGAGGUAGCAGGGAUAAAGGGAAUGUUCUUGGCUAAUAAGAAGGUUGGCAGCCAAGUGAAGACUUUCAUCACCUACAAUAAGGGGAGAGACUGGAACCUACUGCAGGCGCCCGACUCCGAUCUGAGGGGCAACUCUGUUAACUGCCAGCUGCCCUACUGCUCCCUGCACCUCCAUCUCAAGGUGUCGGAGAAUCCUUACACCACGGGCAACAUCGCCAGCCGGGAAACUGCCCCGGGGAUCAUUGUGGCUUCAGGGAACGUGGGGGCGGAGCUGACGGAGUCGGAGAUCAGUAUGUUCAUCUCAUCGGACGCAGGAAACACCUGGAGACAGAUCUUUGAUGAGGAGCACAGUGUCCUGUUCCUGGAUCAGGGGGGGGUUCUGGUCGCCAUGAAGCACACGUCCCUCCCCAUCCGCCACUUAUGGCUGAGUUUUGAUGAAGGAAGAUCAUGGAGCAAAUACACCUUUACAGUUACCCCCCUGUUCGUCGAUGGUGUUUUGGGGGAACCCGGGGAAGAGACGCUCAUUAUGACAGUUUUCGGCCAUUUUAGUCACCGGUCCGAGUGGCAACUGGUUAAGGUCGACUACAAGUCAAUAUUUGAGCGUCGCUGCUUCCCAGACGAUUAUUUGCCGUGGCAGCUCCAUAGCCAGGGGGAAGCGUGCAUUAUGGGGGCCCGCAGGACCUACAGGAAGAGGAAGUCGGAGCACAAGUGCAUGCAGGGAAAGAACGCCAGGGCCAUCUCCUCGGAGCCCUGUGUCUGCACUGAGUCCGACUUCGAGUGCGAUUAUGGGUUUGAGCGGCACAGUAACGGGCAGUGCCUACCGGCCUUCUGGUACAACCCCUCCUCUCUAUCCAAGGACUGCAGCCUGGGGCAGAGCUACCUCAACAGCACCGGUUACAGGAAGGUGGUGUCCAAUAACUGCACAGACGGGGUGCGAGAGCGCUACACGGCCAAACCCCAACAGUGUCCCGGGAAGGCGCCCCGCGGCCUGCGCCUCAGCACCCUGGAUGGGAAACUGGCGGCCGAACAGGGGCACAAUGUGACUUUCACUCUGCAGCUGGAGGAGGGGGACGUCCAGAAAACAAAUAUCCAAGUUGAUUUUGGAGACGGCAUUGCGGCUUCUUACGCCAACGUCAGCGCCACCGAGGAUGGCAUCAAGCACCUGUAUCAGAACGUGGGCAUCUUCCGGGUGACGGUGAAGGUGGAAAAUAACUUGGGCUCAGACAGUGCCCUCCUCUAUCUGCACAUAACGGCCCCCCUGGAGCACAUCCACCUCCUCCUGCCGUUUGUCACAACCAAGAACCGGGAGAUCAACGCGUCCUUGGUCCUGUGGCCGAGUCAAGUGGGGACCGUCACCUACGUCUGGUGGCUGGGGAAUAACAGCGAGAUGCUGCCCCUCCCUUCCUUGCCUGCUCUGACUGAUAUUCCCAGUUUCCAGCUUUUCCUCACCCCGUUAUUCCCAAUAUUCACAGAACAGUUCCAGUCUCUGCGUCUCUCCUUCUCCCCAAACCUGGACGAUUACAAUCCUGAUAUUCCCGAGUGGAGAAGAGACAUCAGCCGUGUGAUUAAGAGAGCGCUUGUGUCGGCCACAGGCGUCGAUGGGCAACAGAUUUUAGUCGCUGUCCUUCCCGGAUUCCCCACCUCCGCCGAACUCUUCAUUCUGCCCCACCAACAGCAGCCUGGGGGCAACAAGAAGAACUCACAGGAUCUGGUGCAGAUUUCCGACCUGUUCAUCACCAAGUUGCACCAAGAGUCGGUUCACUUUGAGCUGAAGCCGGGGGUCCGAGUUCUGGUACACGCCGCGCACCUAACCGCAGCUCCAUUGGCGGACCCGUCUCCCAGUCACAGUGGCUCUGCAAUGCUGAUGCUCUUGUCCGUGGUCUUUGUGGGACUGGCCGUCUUUGUCAUCUAUAAGUUCAAAAGGAAAAUCCCCGGAAUUAAUGUUUAUGCACAGAUGCAGAAUGAGACAGAGCGAGAGGCGGUCACUCCAGGCAGUGACAACGUGUCUCCUACUGACCCUCAAACUCAGCCGCUGGGCAAGUUGGAAACACAGCCCCUAGGAAGUAUUUCCACAGUUGCUGAAGUUCAAAGCACAAACGACAACCCGACCUACGUAAACGUUUGAACGGGAAAGAGACGUCCCAUCAUCUCCUGGACUGUUCCAAUCCAUCAAACUGUGGUUUUUAGCUUUAAACCUGCACAAGAGGAUGCACCGAGACACGCGGGUUCCACCUUUUAUGGGAAUCUUCUAUUCAGCGCUAUGGCUUGUGUCUGUAGAUAAUCCAUUACCCCCCCCAGAUAUUGCAUGUUGCCCUCUUUCACUGGCAAAGGAACCCCCAUCAUUUGCUCCUCUGGCUUUGGAAAGGGAUGAGCCCUAGAGAAGCUGAGGUGCUGGUCUUCUGAUUGGUUUAGAUGAUGUCCCCUGGUCUGUUUUUACUGUGGGUGGGGCAGAACUGUAUAGAAUUCUUUAUUUAAUGGGAAACAGUAUAAACAUCUCCAGAAAGGAUCAUUGAGACUUGGCUGUCCCUCUGGGAACCUUAGAAUAUCUAAGAAUAUCUUUUGGACACUUGUGUUUACAGUCAUCAGCCCCCGGCCUUGUGGAACAGAAAUUCCGAGGGAAUUGAGUUUGAUGUAGAUCUUUGUAACAUUGUGUUUCUCUGCUUUGUGGGACGGGAUUUGUGUAGCAGAGAUUUCUAACUUGCCCUGAGCAGUAGAAGAACCUUCUGAAGGACCUCCCAGCCCUCACCAUGUUCUUAUACGAGUUUUUACAAUGUAGGGAGGUUGAACACGUUCUGUUUAAUCAGAUUUCUCUUUGGGUCACUCAGUGGGUGCAGGAACAGCCCCGACGUUCACACUUGAAGCAUAAGAAAUAUCCGCGUAGAAUAAGUAAAGAGCGAUUGUAGCCCCGCGCGGUGGCUUCCUCUCCUAUUAUUGCCUUUCAGAGGUUCCCAUUGUCACGUUCGCUGUUCCUCUGUCAGCAACUCUAUUUCCCAACGUCCCCGGCCAUUGUCUGAGAGAGAAUAGAAGCCUUUAAAUUGGAUGAUGCACAAAAUCAGUUCUUGAACCCUGUCAGUCUGGUGGAGAAUGCGGAAAACGCCGGGCACAAUAGGAUAUAUUCCGGCUAUUGUGCGAGGCCGGCAGUCAUUCUGCUUGAUGUGAUACAAAGAGAAUACGGCGUGUGUCAGCACUUCGGAGGUAGAAGUCUCUGUAAUACACAGAGAGGGCGAUGAUAAUCCCUUCCGACGCCGAGGCCAAGAGCCUUUGCCCCAUUCCGUGCCCUCCUCUUCUUCAUCACUUACUGCUUUUAUUUGCCAGGUCACAGCCUAGUAAAGAGCUCACUAUAGAGCUUCACAAACGCCCUAAUCCCUAAGGCUCAGAGACACAAUAAUCACAGGGUUUGAUCAUUUACAGCCAUUGACCUGCCCAAGGGUCCAACACUGGGUUCCCUACUGAUUCCAUCUCCGUCCUUUUCUACUCCGUAUGUGGUGCUGAUCCGGUCCCAGUGGCUCCCCUUUUCCUUCACUCAGUGCCAAACAAAGGCCAGGACUGGUUGUAGGACCCAGAGGAGAUUCCCUUGGUCCCCCUGUAUGAAGGGCCACAUAGGGAUGAGGAUAAAGGUACAGGGAAGGUGGAACAUCUGUAAAUACCCCCCAUUCCCGUCUAUCCCAAUGGUAAAUUAUUUCCAUUAUUUAAUAAAAAAAGAAUAAAAAUACCCCCCCCCCUUCUAUAUUUAUCAAUAAACCAUGUGCCAAUAUGCUAGAACUAUCUGUGCAGGUGAUUUUUAUAGCUAAAUAUAAUAUAAACCAUAAAUUAUUCAUGUAUUUUAUUUCCUGUGCAUGUUCUGCAGUCGGAACAAAAUGACUGCCGAAAAGGGGGGAAAAAAGGAGAUUUAUCAAAGCUCAAAGUGUUUCUAGGAAGAUGGAUGGGGGGGGGGGGGGUUGCCGACCAACUGAGGAUAUUGGUGGAGGAUGCAGGAGAUAGAGGGGUGGGGCCAGUAGUCUGGAGGAACCUGUUUGUAUAGAAGCAAUAAUGUCAGUUUUUUCUACGCUCUUUGUCAGCUUCACUUUGGGUUGGAAUCACUCAUUUUGGUUUCUGUCAGGGAGAAGUGGGUUUCACAGGAACAGUUGGACAGAACUUUAGUUGGAGAAGGAAAAUGGAACAGAAACUUCUGUCAGUUGGUAAUGAAUUCCUUUUGUAUUUUGUCCAAGUUCUUUAUCCUUCCAUGGAAAUACUGGGUUUUGGGCUACAGGCUGAUUGGGCUCAAGAGUAUUCUGAUGCUUUGCUACAGGUUGGUUGAACCAUGUGAAAGUUUUAAUGGGCUUGUGGUCUACAAGUUGGUGUACCCUGUGUUUUCUAAUGGUCUUGUGACCUUCAGGACUAGCCAUGUGAAAGUUCUAAUGGUCUUGUGGUCUACAGGUUGGUGUACGCUGUGAAUUUCCCAAUGGUCUUGUGGCCUCCUACAGGUUGGUCUAACCCUGUGAAUGUUCUAAAGGUCUUUUGAUCUACAGGUUGGUCUAACCCUGUGAAUGUUCUGAAGGUCUUUCGAUCUACAGGUUGGUCUAACCCUGUGAAUGUUCUGAAGGUCUUUUGAUCUACAGGUUGGUCUAACCCUGUAAAUGCUCUAAAGGUCUUUUGAUCUACAGGUUGGUCUAACCCUGUGAAUGUUCUGAAGGUCUUUUGAUCUACAGGUUGGUCUAACCCUGUAAAUGCUCUAAAGGUCUUUUGAUCUACAGGUUGGUCUAACCCUGUGAAUGUUCUGAAGGUCUUUCGAUCUACAGGUUGGUCUAACCCUGUGAAUGUUCUGAAGGUCUUUCGAUCUACAGGUUGGUCUAACCCUGUGAAUGUUCUGAAGGUCUUUUGAUCUACAGGUUGGUCUAACUCUGUGAAUGUUCUGAAGGUCUUUUGAUCUACAGGUUGGUCUAACUCUGUGAAUGUUCUGAAGGUCUUUUGAUCUACAGGUUGGUCUAACCCUGUGAAUGUUCUGAAGGUCUUUCGAUCUACAGGUUGGUCUAACCCUGUGAAUGUUCUGAAGGUCUUUUGAUCUACAGGUUGGUCUAACUCUGUGGAUGUUCUGAAGGUCUUUUGAUCUACAGGUUGGUCUAACCCUGUGAAUGUUCUUAAGGUCUUUUGAUCUACAGGUUGGUCUAACUCUGUGAAUGUUCUGAAGGUCUUUUGAUCAACAGGUUGGUCUAAUCCUGUGAAAGUUCUAAUGGUCUUUUGACCUACAAGUUGGGCUAACCCUGUGGAAAUUGUAAGGUUAUCGUAGCCUACCGACUGGUCUAACCCUGUGAAUGUUGUAACGGUUUUGUGACCCAUUGGUUGGUUUAACACACUGAAGGUUCUGCAGAUGGUUGGACAAUACAAAGUUGCAGAAACAAAAAUAGCUAUUACAACAGAGCCUACAGGGAAAGUCUCAAUAAAAAGCUUUUAUUCAGAGAGAGACAGAGAUGGGGAACGUUCAAGUCACCCCAACACUUGUAGAUGUGGAGUAAGGAAUCUUAAUACAAUAUAGUGGUUGUGUCGAGCCUGGGAGUCCUGCCCAAACACAGCGGGAGAUAAGUAUAUUUUCUUUAUUAAGGCCGGUCCUCUCGGUUUAUGGUUUAUACCCCAGGGUAACAGGCAGGCAGCCUCGUACCUGAGCUUUGAUAAACCUACCCCUGAAUUUCCCAUUAGUGGGGGGGUAUGUAGCUCCAGAGCUGAAUCCAACCCCCACUGACGGGCAAAUCUACUGAGCCAGAGAGGCAGCAUUUUCUUUCAUUGUGUAACAUGUUCCUGAUUCAUCUCUUGCCACAAAUUUGUAGAAAAGACAUUCUUGAAUAAAAUAUAUUGGUAUUUA